AUGGAAAAGAAAAGUGGUGCACGAGAGGCUUUGUUGCACUUGAGUGCGUCUGCGCCCCUUCUGGCCCUUGGCCUCGCGCUGAAACCGUUCCUACCGGCAUUUCAGCAGUCCAUCGCGGAGCAGGCGAAAUCAGGGCGGGAAAGCUUUUGGGCUUCCUACGAUUCGCAGGCCCGAGAUGCGGCUCAGCUCAUGCAGAAGGCUGGCUUGGCAUGGCGGUGGCUGCGACGACGAGUGCAGUUGCUCAAAACCACCGAUUGGCGAAGCUGCCGGCAGAUGCUGGUCGACAGCUUUCAUCAACUGGCUGCUGGGCUGUCUUCAUUGAGACCUGGUGCCAACCAGGCUCUGAAGAGCACCCUGGACGAUAUCACGCGCGAAUGCGACGAUGCGAAAGCCUUGUUUCAGGCAGGCAAACUGCAAGAGGCGGAGUCCUGCUACGAGAAGCUGCUCAGCAACCUGAAGUCGCAGCCCGCACUUCGCAGCGAGCGCCUUCGUGUGCUGACGAACCUGGCAGUGUGCCAGAAAAAGCGUGGCCGAUAUCAGGAGGCUUUGCAGUCGGCGACAGCAGCUUUGCAGAUGGAUCCCAAGUGUGUGAAGGCGCUCUUCACUCGAGCUGGCUGCUUCCGUGCCGAGGGCCGUCUUGCUGAGGCAGUGGACGACUUUGCCAUAGCCUGCAGAUACGAUGCCACUCUCGCUGAUGCCAAGAAAGAGUGGCUACAAGCACACAAGGAAUUGGCCAAGGCGACCGGUGAGCAUCAACACUUCAGCAGAGUUGAAGUCCUGGCACUUGUGGCGGAGAUGAAUCGCGCUCAUACGGCCGUGCAGGAGGCAAUAAGCCAGCUCGGCCAGAGGCUGCUGCUCGCCAUGAGGGAGAGGGAGAUGGAGCAGCACUUGCCCUUCCUGGCGGCCCACGAGCUCGUUCGGCAACAUGGCUUGCCAGCAGAUCCGAUCUUGGACUUCGAUCUCACGGCAGAGGCCUUUCAGGAAUUGCUUGGGCGCUUCGAGGAUGAUGACGAGGUCAUGGAAAGCGCCCAGAGCAUGCUGCAUCCUCCAGGAAGAGGCAAUCCAGCCAGGGCUCGACAAAUUACAAUCCCACAGAUCCUGGAGGCUCACAAGGUCAUGGUGCAGGAGUUGGAAACACUCUUGUCGCAGUUCAAGGACUUGUCUGCGCAAGAACUCGAUCGCGUGGAUUGCAAGUUAAUCGAAGCCACUGCCGAGCUGCAGACGUACCUCGGCGUUUCCAGGCUGCAGCUGCAGCCAGAAGACGUGGAGGAGGCCAUACUGACGAACGAGAUGGAGCUGCAGAACGAUGCAGACUUCGUCAAGUGCAGCGAAGAUCUGGCGAGCCUGAUGCAGGAACUGCUCACGGCCGCGGCCGAGCUGAACCACGAGAGAUAA